UGGUGUGGAGCGACCGCGGGGACAGGGAGAACGAGGCUGCCGCGGAACUACUCCUCCCAGAGCACCCCGGGCCUCCCAUCUCCGCCCCGCCGCGCUCUCGGGCGCCGAGGACUACAACUCCCGGCAUGCCUUGGACUUGAUGUCCGAGCCUCUGGGGCGGCGUAGCGCCGUCCCGCCCGCCCGGCUCUCCCGCGGGGUCCCCGCACCCGCACUCGCCGCGCGCCGAGCGGGGACGCGAGCCAUGGAGGAGACGCCGCCCCCGGGCUGCAGCAAGCCGCACCUGGAGAAGCUGACCCUGGGGAUCACCCGCAUCCUCGAAUCUUCCCCAGGUGUGACAGAGGUGACUAUCAUAGAAAAACCACCUGCUGAACGUCAUAUGAUUUCUUCAUGGGAACAAAAAAAUAACUGCAUGCUACCUGAGGAUGUGAAGAAUUUUUACCUGAUGACCAAUGGCUUCCACAUGACAUGGAGUGUGAAGCUGGAUGAGCACACCAUUCCAUUGGGCAGCAUGGCAAUUAACAGCAUCUCAAAACUGACUCAACUCAACCAGUCUUCCGUGUACUCACUCCCUAAUGCACCAACUCUGGCAGACCUGGAGGAUGAUACACUUGAAGCCAGUGAGAACCAGCCAGAGAAGCCUCACUUUGAUUCUCGCAGUGUGAUAUUUGAGCUGGAUUCUUGCAAUGGGAAUGGGAAGGUUUGCCUUGUCUACAAAACAGGGAAACCAGCAUUAGCACAAGACACUGAGAUCUGGUUCCUGGACAGAGCAUUAUACUGGCAUUUUCUCACAGAUACAUUUACCGCUUACUAUCGCCUGCUCAUCACGCACCUGGGCCUGCCACAGUGGCAGUAUGCCUUCACCAGCUAUGGCAUUAGCCCCCAAGCCAAGCAAUGGUUCAACAUGUAUAAACCCAUCACCUACAACACAAACCUGCUUGCAGAAGAGACCAACUCCUUCGUGAACAAGCUGGAUCCCAGCAGAGUAUUCAAGAGCAAGAACAAGACAUUAAUCCCCAAAAAGAAAGGGCCUGUCCAGCCUCCAGGUGGCCAGAAAGGGCCCUCAGGUCCUCCCUCCACUUCUAAAUCCUCUUCUAGCCCUGGCAACCCUGUCCGGAAAUGAGCACUUCACCUCCCCGCCAGCCUCACAGCCAAGAUUUCCACACACAGGUGGCCCAAGCCUCAGAUUCUGUGAGUGGCACCAUAGACCUCUUUCCGUCUGAGCGAGCCAAAUCCUAGGCCUUUUACUCCCAUUGGCAUUGGCCAGGAGUUCAAGGGCAUACUCAGGUCUUCCAGAGUCCUUUCCUCAUCCCCUGCCUCUGAAAGCUGUAGAGAGUUUCAGAACUUGUUUAAGCAGUUAAAUAGAGCUAUUAAGAGCUUUCCUCUCUUUCCACCCCCAACCCUCUACACCCCUCAGCAGUCAUUAGAGAAAUCCCUCGAAGAAACCACUGAUUUUGACCCAUGAGGCAUUAGAACUGUGCUGUUCAAUUGGUAAUCACUGGCCACAUGUGGCUAUUUAAACUAUAUUAAAAAUUCAGUUCCUCAGUGCAUUAGCCCUAUUGUGAGUAUUCAUGAGGCUAGUAAAUUCUGUAUUUGACAGCACAGAGAUUAUGGAACAUUUCCAUCAUCACAGAAAGUUCUUUUGGGCAACACUGCAUUAGAAUAUUUUCAUGCUGCUUUUUCUCAGAUCAGUUCAUUUUUGUUAGAGAAUGUAGAUAAUUUAAUGUGUCAUAAUGUUCCAUGAAAAUUCUUGAAGAUCAAUUGCAUAUGUUUAUUUUUCUUAAUUCUCACUCUGGUCCUUUUUAAGUUUCCUAUAAAGUUUGUUGUUUCCAGUU